AUGGCGGCUAAGUACGGCCUAAUGCUACAUCAGAUGGACGUCAAGACAGCGUUUCUUAACGGCUCCCUCAACGAAGACAUCUACAUGGACCAGCCGGACGGAUACCUGGAUGCAACACAGCCGGACUAUGUGUGCAAGCUAAAGAGAUCACUCUACGGCUUGAAGCAAUCGCUUCGCAUGUGGAACCAAACAAUCGAUGGGUUCAUGAUCAAGAUGGGAUUCAAGAAGUGCGAAUCGGACCACUGCAUCUACAUCAAGCGAGACGACCAAGACAUGAUUCUCGUGGUGCUCUACGUCGAUGAUCUCAUCCUGGCCAGCAGCAACAACGAACUCCUCAAGUCAACCAAGAUGGCGCUGAGCAAACGCUUCGAAAUGACGGAUCUCGGUGAGCUCGAUUACUUUCUCGGCAUGGAGAUCAAGAACGACCGUAAGACGGGAAUGGUGACUGUACAACAAACCAAGUUUCUCAAGUCCGUGUUAACCAAGUUCGGAAUGGAUAACAGCAAGCCAGUGAAGACGCCUCAAGAUCCCGGCCUGAAGCUAACCAAGAACAUGUGUGAACAAGAAUGCAAGCACGAAGACACCAUGUGCAACGUGCCAUAUCGAAGUGCUGUCGGAGGCAUCAUGUAUCUCAUGGUCGCCACACGUCCGGAUCUAGCUGCUGCAGUGGGAUCAUUAUCCCAGUUCUCGUCCGACCCAUGCCCGACUCACUGGCAAGCUUUGAAGCGUGUGCUGAGAUACCUGCAAGCAACGCCCAAUCAUGGUCUUGAGUUUACACGUGAAGAAGGAAGCCGUAUCUGCGGGUACACCGACGCAGACUGGGCCGGCGACAUUGAGUCAAGACGAAGUACAAGCGGCUAUGUGUUCAUGAUGAGCGGAGGAUGCAUCAGCUGGAAAAGCCAGAAACAACGGACGGUCGCGCUAUCUUCAACAGAAGCAGAAUACAUGGCGCUUUCCGAAGCAACCAAAGAAGCAGUAUGGCUCAAAGUGCUUUUGGGGGAACUUGGUGAGAUGACAAGCGACGAAGCGAUCAAGAUGUAUGAAGACAACCAAGGAUCAAUCGCUCUCGCCAAGAACCCGGAGUUCCAUAAGAGAACAAAACACAUCGACAUACGCUACCAUUUUGUGCGUGAGAAGGUGGAAUCAGGUGAAGUCGUUUUGGAGUAUUGCCCGACUCAAGAUAUGCUGGCAGACAUGAUGACCAAGCCGAUCGCCGCUGUACAAUUUGAAAACAUUCGCGAUCGACUUGGGAUCCAAGGUGCCGCAGCUAACGAGUCGAGAGGGAGUGUUGAAAAGACAGCGGCUGUGAAGAAGACACCUCGUCAAGCUGCGUCAAGUGUUGAAGCAAGUGGAAGACCAAGCUUCGCUAUACCGGUGGGUACCGGUAUGUACCAGUAA